CGUCCGUGAUUUGCACAUAUUAUUAGCUUCUCUAAUACCGUUUAGGUUUAGAUAGAAAAAAAAAAGGUUCUAUUGUUCUGUCACCUAUCAUCAAACAAUAAAUAAGUAUUAAGCCAUAAAAGUGAUAUUGUUGGAUAUUAUUGACCAUUUUACCAUGUUUGGCAGCAAUGGGUCGUUCCCACUCCCCCCGUGGCCCAGUCGAUCAUCAACGAUAGUACUAUCUUAAAUCGUACCCAUCACGGCCAUCACCGGACACCAAUAUCGUUAAUUGUUUCCAGUUUUCCAGUCCAUUAUAUCUUAAUAUUCUUAUUUCCAAAUUGCAGAGGGAAACUGAGAUAGCCGGACGUAGGUACGUUAUGAUACCGACCAUGGUCGGGCGUUUAGACACGGCGGAAAGAAGACACAAACAGACGUCGAAAAGGCAUGAACAAGAAGACAAUUUUGAACGUCGAAAGCCACACAAUUAUCGUGACAACAACAAAUCCUCUGAACGACAGCACCGAAGACAUAAUUCGAAUUCCGACGAUGAUGAUCGUAGAAAAAGACCAAGGAAUGAUCGCAGGGACAACUCGAGACAUCAAGGCAGGUCAGAUUCUGAUCACGUAUGGGGCACUAAAGACUCGUCGUCUAGUGAAAAGAAACCAGAUGCGAAAAAAGAAGAACCAAACUUUGAAACUACUGGCAAGUUAGCCGAGGAUACAAAUACUUUUAAUGGCGUAGUUAUAAAGUACAGUGAGCCAGCCGAGGCGAGAAAACCGAAACGACGCUGGCGGCUAUACCCAUUCAAAGGAGAGAAACAAUUACCUGUAUUACACAUACACAGACAAAGUGGGUAUUUACUCGGACGUGAUCGUAAAGUAGCGGACAUACCAAUAGAUCAUCCGUCGUGCUCAAAACAGCACGCAGCUCUUCAAUACAGGCUAGUUUCAGCCAAAAAAGAUAGGCGCCGUGUCAGAUGUAUUCGACCAUAUAUUAUCGAUUUAGAGUCAGCUAAUGGCACUUAUGUUAAUAACCAGCGUAUAGACUCAAAAAAAUAUGUGGAACUAAUGGAGAAAGACGUCGUUAAGUUCGGGUUCAGCUCCAGGGAAUAUGUGCUUUUACAUGAACAUAGCACGGAUUCUGGAGAUGAUGAUAGUCUUGCCGAAGACGAUCCAAACGAAGAAUCUAAUGCAGAUUGAAUGUAAAACUUGUCUUAAGGAAUUUAGAAGUUUUCUUAUUUUUUUAAACUGUAAAUAAAAAUAUUUUGAUACAAAAAAAUCAAAUUAAGAUCAACAUUUAAUUUCCUGCGUUACCAUUGCACAAUGAAAUAUAAUUUUGUAUGUGUAUAUAAUACAAUGCACGGGGCCUGGUGUGGCUCGGAGGUUGGCCUCAGUCACUAACGUAUUCUGAGGUCAAGCAUCAGCCGACGCGUCGUUAGUUGCCGGAUGGGUGUCCUCCCGGAUUUUUAUUGACGAGUCCUCGCCUCACACAAACGUAUAUUCCUCAACCAACUGUAAGCCCCUACAAAAUGCUAAUGGCCUUAGCUGCCGAUGCUUUUUAAGAUCAAAUAAAAAAAAAAAUACAUGGAAUAUUUUUGUAAACAAUUUCAUGACCUAAUACAUAA